AUGGAGCCAAGUCCCUCUAUUGACAAGGCUUUCUCUUUGGUAAUACAAGAGGAGAGACAGAGGGCUUUAGGUUUCAAUGGAGGAUAUUCAGUUGAUUCAACUGCUCUUGCGGUCAAGACUCAAGCAUUUAAUCAAGUUGGGAAGAACAUAAGUGGAAAGGGUAGGCCUAUGUGCAAUCACUGUGGUAAACCUGGUCAUUUCAAGGAGAAAUGCUACAAGUUGAUUGGCUUUCCACCAGGAUAUAAGCAAAAAGGCAAAGUCACCAUGGCCAAUCAAGUUAGUCUUAGUGGUGAUUUUGGUCAGUAUGAGGAUGCAUCACAAUCAAGGUCUUUCCCUUUCACGUCUGAACAAUGCCAGCAGCUGUUAUCUUUGCUGAAUCCUCAAACAUCAUCUUCUGUCACUCCUAAUGCCAUUCACUCAGCAAACUCAGCUUUUUCAGGGGCUACUGAUCACAUUAUUCAUUCACUUUCAUUGUUUACUAAAAUCACUAGUUCAAUAUCUUCAUUUGUCCAUUUACCUAAUGGUGAAAAAGUCCUUGCCACACACAUAGGCACAGUCCAGGACCUUACUUGUUGGAAAAUGAUUGGAUUGGGUAAGCUUCAUAACAAUUUGUACAUGCUACAAGCUUCAAACAAUUGCAAAUCCAUUUCAGAGGCUUCUACUAUCCUAGAGUCAGUUUUGAAGUCUUUUGUUAGUUCUGUCUCUCAUGAUUCAAUUGUAACCAAGCCUUACUUAUGGCAUCUUAGACUAGGACAUGCUUCUGAUGAAAAACUCCAACACUGUAUAUCUGAUAUGUCUUCCUCUUUUCAUUCAAAUAAAGAUUCUGUUGUGUGUCCAAUUGCAAAGCAUAAACGUUUACCCUUUCCCAAUUCUAAUCACUUAUCUGCACAUGCCUUUGAUUUGAUUCACCUUGAUGUAUGGGGACCUUUUGCCAAAGCAACUCAUGAUGACCCUCUUACACCUUCUUUACAAGUUCCUUUCUCUAAUUCUGGUCCUCAAAAUGUCUCUGAUUCUACCUUAAAUCCUGCUAUUCCUGUUAUAUCAGAUUCCAGCAUACCAGAAUCCAUCAUUCCACCUUUUGGUGCUUCUGAUCAUGUCUCUCCAGGAUCUAUAGCUCCUGACUCUUUACCUCUUCCUCAAGAUCCUAAUAUAGUUCAAUCAGAUAUAGUCCCUUCCUUGAGAAGAUCAUCUAGGACUACCAAACCUCCUCCAUACUUACAAGAUUACACAUGCAGCAGUAUCAUGUCUACUGAACUUUCCCAAUCCAAUCUACUCAGCAAGUCAGGUACUUCCUUGGUCACUACCAGAUAUCCUCUUUCUGAUUAUAUUGAUGAUUCCCUCCUUUCCUCUUCAUAUGCCCAUUUUUGUUCUGUCAUUACCUCUAUUCCUGAACCAAGGUUCUAUCAUGAGGCUAUUAAGGAUCCUAAAUGGCAAGAAGCCAUGAGUUCUGAGAUUGAUGCUUUAGUUUCAAACAAUACCUGGACCCUUACCCCUUUGCCUUCAAAUAAAAAGGCCAUUGGAUGCAAAUGGGUUUAUAGGGUCAAAUACAAAGCUGAUGGCUCUGUGGAGAGGUAUAAAGCAAGGUUAGUUGCUAAGGGAUUCACUCAACAAGAGGGGCUGGAUUUUACUGACACUUUCUCACCAGUUGCCAAGUUGACUACUGUGAAGACACUUUUGGCUUGGUUCAAUUAG